GGCUCUUAGCUAAAGGCACAGCUAAGCUAGGCACGGCUAGGAUACCUCUGACAGAGUUUGGAGCCAUGGCUGCAAUGGCUGGACUCGUGCGAACAUGCCUAUCCCGAUCUUUGAGGCAAGGAGCUUUCUCAAGACUUUCUGGUUUUGGCGCCAGUGCUCCUUCUUGGCAGUACAGGUGCUUCAGCGCAGCUCCUCGUCAGGAGCGUGUGAUUGCCGCAGUCGAGAGGUACAUGAAAGCUCGGAAAGAUGAUCUCCUCCGUGACAGUGACAGCGGAGCCGAAAACCGCGAAGAGUCACUGAAAGCCUUGGACAAAACCGUCUCUGUCGAGACCCGGUGGGAAGAAUUAAAGUUUGAUGACAUCGACAAGGUGGAAGUGCUUUUGGAGGUCGAAGAUGAAUUCAGCCAUGUGAUCCCUGAUGCAGAUGCCGACAGCAUCAAUUCCGUACAAGAGAUCUUGAGCUACUUGGACAAGGCUGGCGUGAAUUGAAGCGUGGGGCGAUUUUGUGCGGCACACUUGGAUGAAGAAUCAUGUGACGAAUUCCGUGAGUGCCCUCUAGCGGCCAUCCAUAGGCCACUUGUGAAAAUGCCUGCUGUGCCGGCAAGACCCUCGUGAACCAAUGCGACCCAGAAAACGGG